UGAUAUCUGUAUUUCCACACACACAGCUGGCUGAUGGACUAACUUCAUUACAACACACACACACACAUACACACAAACACACACCUGCUGUAUGCACACUCACUAGCACACCUUGAUUAUAGGAAGGGGGACACGCACUUACACACAUCCACUCGCAAGCUCACACAGUCUGUCUGUGGCCAGAAGUCAACAUGGGUCUUGUGAUGGGAACCUUCUCCAUGCAAACCAAGCAGGUGAACUACCGCAAAGAUAAAGCUGACGAUGACCUGGAGAUGACGACGGUGUGCCAUCGGCCGGAGGGCCUGGAUCAGCUGGAAGCAAUAACCAAAUUCAGCAAAAGAGAGCUCCAGGUUCUCUACAGGGGCUUCAAGAAUGAGUGUCCGAGUGGUGUUGUAAACGAGGACACCUUCAAGCAGAUAUACUCCCAGUUCUUCCCACAUGGAGACGCCAGCACCUACGCACAUUACCUGUUCAACGCGUUUGACUCAGCGAGUAGCGGCUCCAUCAAGUUCGAGGACUUUGUCACAGCUCUGUCCAUCCUGCUGAGGGGCUCCGUCACAGAGAAGCUGCAGUGGACGUUUAACCUGUACGACAUCAACAGAGAUGGAUACAUCAACAAAGAGGAGAUGACAGACAUCGUCAGAGCAAUAUAUGACAUGAUGGGGAAGUACACUUACCCCGUCUUGAAACACGAUGCACCCAAGCAGCACGUGGAGGCCUUCUUUCAGAAAAUGGACAAAAACAGGGACGGUGUGGUCACUCUGGACGAAUUCAUCCUUUCUUGUCAAGAGGAUGAAAACAUCAUGAGGUCUCUGCAACUCUUUGAAAACGUCAUCUAGACGACAAAGAAGAGGGACGACGGUGCAAUAUAUGAAAAGCCCAGAGCAGGAGAGGAGAGAAGAACAAAGAGGAGGAGAGAUGCACACGCACAAGGAAAAGGAACUGCGUAGCCUGCAAUUGAAAUGAAACUAAGAGCUUCUUCGGGUUCUAUGUGUGUGUGUGUGUGUGUGUGUGUGUGUGUGUGUGUGAGUGUGAGUGUGAGAGACAGUUGCCUAAAAACUUCUUGGGAGGUGUCCUGCUGUAAGAAAUCCAUGGAGACAAAAAAAAACGUCUCUGGUUUUCAGAAAAUGUCCCUCAGACUUUAACCCUUCACUUGACCUUUACCACUCAUCUCGUCUCCA